CCAUUGCAGACUACUAGACAUGUGCCCUUGCUUGCCGAAACACACACACAGAGAGACAGAAAGUCACAAACAGAGAGACAGAGACAGAGAGAUGUUCGAUGUGUGGAGUUCUGCUGUGGGAUGGUGGGACGAGUGGCAGCUGCGCAUCCUCGUCCUCGGCAGCCUCGGCAUUCAAUGGUUUCUGCUGGUGGCUGCCCCCAUGCGCAAGUACGGUCAGUACACCAUCCGGCGCUACUUCAUGCUAUGCAUACGGCUUGCAUACAUUAGCAGCGAUGCUCUGGCCAUCUAUGCGCUGGCUACCCUCUUCAACCGUCACGUCAGGGCGACCAGCGGCAGCAGUAGCUGUGAUGGCAUUGUGCACAACAAGGCCAAGAUCCUGGAGGUCCUAUGGGCUCCUGUCCUGCUCAUCCAUCUCGGCGGGCAGCAGGAGCUGACUGCCUACACCAUCGAAGACAACGAGCUGUGGGUAAAGCACACCGUGACCCUAGUGUCUCAGGUCGCGGUUGCCAUGUACGCCUUCUACAAGUCGUGGCCUAACUACAGCGACUGGAAGCUAUUGGCAUCAGCGAUCCUGCUCUUCGUCAUUGGGGUCGUCAGUUUAAGUGAGAAGCCAUGGGCCCUCAAGAAAGCCAGUAUUAAUAGAUUGGCGUCUGUGUCAGCGCCGAUACGAGGAACAAAGAAGCGUACAAGAUUGGCGGUGUACUUGGGCGAUCUUUUGUUCUCCGAUUGGUACAACUGCUCCACCACCAAUUCCGGCGACAAGAAGCAGGCGGCGGGUGAGGAGGACGAUAAUGUGGGCUUGUCGGAUGAAGAUAAAGUCUAUAUGGUGCUGUCGGAUAUGUCGAUGUCAGCUGCUGCCGAUGACCUUGUACAGCGAGGCAGAGCUCGAAAUGUCCAGGAUGUUCUUCGGCCUCUGACUCUGAGCACCAAGGCGGAAAAGGAUAUGAAGCGCUGGCUGCUUGGUGCGUAUGGGCUCUUAUAUACCAGAGGUAAUUUGGUUUUCACUCCCACAUACCUGGUCUACCAUGUGCUUGUGGUGCCGAUCCUGCACGUCGCCGCCCUCACGCUGUUUGCGACGGGCGACAAGGAUGGGUACAACCGCACGGAUGUGAAGAUCACAUACGUCCUCCUGUGCCUCACCGCCGCGCUGGAUGUUUUUGCGGUGUUCAUCCGCCAGCUACUGUACCGGGCCAUGUCUGCAAAGGGUGUCCCGUCCUUGUGCGAGACGGUACCAGGCUACAACCUCGUGGGCGCGGUUCUCCGGCGGAGGCAUAAGGACAUUGGGUGGCUGGUCAAGUGCGCUACCCGCAUGGGCUGCAAGGAGUACUUCGAGUGCCAGGGCGUCCGUCAAGACUACGGAUUGUACAAGAAUGUGUCGGAGAUGGUCCUUGCAGAUCUGGUGGAUGCACAGGGCCGCGACCUUGCCAAUUAUAGGGUCUUCACGGUGCCAGACGAAUCAGGCACCGCUGUGCUGCCGGCGGAGGAUGUUGGGGCAGGUGCCGAGAUAAUGCAGCAGAGCAGCCCGGGAGCGGCCAACUGGGCUCUAAGUGAGGAGCUGCAGAAGGUGUGCGGCCCCAAGGUACGGGACACCCUGCGCGGGUCCUUCGACAGGAGCGUCCUCGUCUGGCACAUCGCCACCGACCUCUGCUUCCGCAUGGAAGGUACUCCUCCCGCCAACUACGAGGAAGAUCCACACUGGCUUCGCAUCAAGUGCACGGAAGCAAUAUCCAGCUACAUGGCCCGGCUGCUGAAUUUCCACCCGGACAUGCUGCUCACCGGCAGCAGGCAGCACCUGGUCAGUGAAGCCAAGGAUGAAUUCGACUUCUUCUUGAACCUCGCCAUGGUAGGUAACAGCGGCAAGCCUCUCAGCAAAGACGACCUGACCAACAUCAUCGACCACGGGCCGGAAGGGGAACGCUUCCGCAUGCAGGUGCCCAUCGGCAUCGAUAAUGAAGCUGAAGACAAGGAGGUGAUAAGAUCUUUGUUCCACGUCCCCAAGGCAUGCAGUCUCGCAAAGGAGCUGCUGAAAAUUGAACCGCCGUCCACGCGCUGGAGGGUGAUGUACCGGGUGUGGCUGGGCAUGCUCUUCUACUCCGCCAGCAUGAGCAGGGGCUACCUGCACGCUAAGAGCUUGGGUGAAGGUGGUGAGUUUCUCUCCUACGUCUGGCUCGUCCUCUCGCUCAAGGGUGCCAAGACCCUGGUCGACAAGCUUCAGAUGGUGGAGGGAGACGACGAGGAACCAACACUGGCCGACAAGCCUCAGAUUCUGGAGGGAUCGGAGACGACCAGGAACCAACACCCUGGUGGAAACCCGCCAGUAUUUGGUUUGGAAAUCCUCCGUCUAUAAUGCUUCAAUUCGACCGCCGAUGCCAUGAUUUUAUAUAUCAAUUCAACUGUUUGAUUGUUUGUUUGUUUAAUUUCUAGCUAGCGUUCUCCGAUCCAACUACUGGCCGGUUUGUUUGCUGCCUUCGCAUUCACCUAGGGCUUAAGGCAUGUACAAUGAUUGAUAAGAUAGUCUUAUCUUAAACUUUGCAUGUAAUUUAGAGAGGACAAAAAAUAAUGUCUACAAUGGGUCAUCUCUUAGUAUUAUCUUUAAUAACUGGUUAUUCC